AUGUAUAACAGAAUAUUAUUAUCGACCAUUUACAGAAAUGUUCAUAUUACAACUUUAUUACAAAAUAUUAUUUAUAAAAUAUCAAAUUAUUUCGUUUUUAAUAGUAAUAAUAUAUUAUUAUAUUCACCAACAAAAGUAUAUACUUUUCAACAUAUAUCAAUCUUGCAACCAAUAGUUGAGAAAAAAAAACUAUCAUGUUCAUCAUUUUCCCUAUUGAAAAAACUUAUCUUGAUCAUUCAAACAACUUUUCUUGUUUUAACAUUAAGAUAUUCAAGAACAAAAGAUAUUACUGACAUUAAAUGGUGUACCAGUAUUGUUGUAAUAUUAUUAACAGAUGAAUUACAUUUAUUUUAUUUGACUUGUUUUUUUGUACAAGCUAAUGGAGAUUUAAUGAUAGCUUUAGUUGUAAAAUAUUCUGAUAAUAUUUUAAAAUUUCUUUAUCUAUUAUUUUAUCGUUUUUUGUUUCAUGAAUUGUUUUUUAAUAAUUUUCUACCAACAUUUACUUUUGUUUUAGAUAUUAUUAUUAAUAAAUAUAAUGUGUUAUCAUUUUAA